GGAAUAAAAGAUUGACGGACCGGAACCGGAAGUUGGAGGAUAUUUGAACAGAGCCCGAACGAAAACACAACAAACCAGAGGAAAGUUGGGGUAUUUUAUUUCGAAUAUGUACGUUUUUUGGUGUUCUGAAGAUGAGAGUUUUUGUUUUGUCCGUGUAAAACCCGACGAAGCGGGAAAAUGAACUUUUCGUGGGAUUUUUAACAGGUUUUACCGAGUUAGCUGAUGCUAACAACAGAGCUACAAACCCGGCUCAGCUAAAAAAAGCCGUUUUUUUUCCGGUAACGUCGCAUAAAGGUGUUUAUCUGCACCAUGAAUCCGUUUGGAAGUCCACAGGGAGGAGCUUUCCAGGCUCCUAGCAGCUCCGCGAAGCCGAAUCUGUUCCAGGUUUUCGGGCAGCAGAAUCCCAGCGGAGCGCAGAGACCAAAUUUGGGGUUUAUCCAAGCGCCUGCCUUCGGACAGCGGUCUGCUGUGCAGCAGCCUGCCGCUCAGACUGGUUCCAUCUUCGGACAGCCGUCUGUUAAUCAGCCCGCAGCUCAGGGUGGUUCCAUUUUCGGACAGCCGUCUGUAAAUCAGCCUGCCGCCCAGGGUGGUUCCAUUUUCGGACAGGCAUCCACGGUGAACCAGCCUGCAGCUCAGGGUGGUUCCAUUUUCGGACAGCCGUCUGUAAAUCAGCCUGCCGCCCAGGGUGGUUCCAUUUUCGGACAGGCAUCCACGGUGAACCAGCCUGCAGCUCAGGGUGGUUCCAUUUUCGGACAGCAGUCUGUUAAUCAGCCUGGAGCUCAGACUGGUUCCAUUUUCGGACAGCAGUCUGUUAAUCAGCCUGCCGCCCAGGGUGGUUCCAUGUUCGGACAGUCAUCUGUGGGGAACCAGCCUGCAUCUCAGGGUGGUUCCAUGUUCGGACAGGCGCCUGCUCAGGCCCAGCCUUCUCUGGGCCAGGCUCCUGCCUUCGGGCAGCCUUCUCAGGUAAAGAGCAGCUCAGCUCCAGCGUUUGGACUCAACCAGGCCUCGGUCUUCGGGCAGACCCCUGCCUUCGGCCAGCCCUCUGCCUUCGGACAGCCUUCGGGAUCGGGAAAGCCACCUCCUGCCUUUGGGGCCCAUCACAACAUCACCCUCUCCAGCACCUCCAGUUCCGGGCAGCCUUCGUUCGGACAGCCGGCCUCUUCCAGCGUGUUCAGCGCCGCUAAGAAUGUGAGCCAGAGCAGGGGGUUCGGACCAGAGUUCAGUUUCAAGCCGCCCAACGAGGCCGUGUUCAAACCCAUCUUCUCCGGCAGCCCGGAGCCGACGAACAACCAGAUCCCUGCCACAUCCGGCUCCUCUUUCGGCGGCUCCCAGACCAGCUCCAGCUCCGGCGGCUUCUCUCUGCUGGCUGGAGCCAAGUCUGGGCCGCAGGGCUUCAGCUUCACGCAGCCAGCUGCGGCUCCCUCGCUUUCCAACCCGCCAACGACCGGUGACAGCCAUCCUGCUGAAGCCCCCCUUCAGUUCUCCUUCACCAAGCCGACGGCCGCGUCUGGCCCCAGCUCCACCGGCCCCACCACGGAGCCCACCACCCCGUCGUCCUUCAGCUUCACCGCAGCUUCCGUUCAGGCUCAGCCCACGCUGUUCUCAGCUCCGGUCAGCUUCAGUCACGCCCCUGCGUUCGGUUACACGGCCCCCAAAACGGAGUUUGGCUCCGAUGACACGGAGAGCAGCUUUAAAACCCAAGACACAAACGUGUUCGGCCGCCUUGGCAAGGCACCCAAGAGGAAGGAGGAACCUGCAGCCUCCGGCUCAGGGCCGGAGAAGCCAGCCGCCGAGCAGGAAGCUCCGCCCGACGCAGAUUUGCCGAGACAUCCCGCAAAGAGGCCGGUGACGAGGCCCCGGGGCCCCGCCGGAGGCCUGUUCAGCCGGGCGUUGAGCGGCAUUCGUAGAGAGCACGGCAACCCGGUGAGGAGGGAGCCAGCGAAGGAGGCUGGGAGGCCCGCUCCGAACCCGGAGGAGAGAGCAGAACCAGGUGGGGACGAGCCGUCUGCCACGCCGCCCGCUGCACAGACGCUGACCAGAGAUGCUGAGGAAAAACCAGACGCUUCAGACCCGGUUCUCCCCCAGAGCUCGGAGCCAGGAGCAUCGACCCCUGUCAGACACGGAGCUCGCAGGGACAGCCUGGACAGUCUCAGCGGUGUCUCUCCCAGCGACCUCGCCACCAUCAUGUGCAGAAACGUCCCUCCAAACCUCAACAAGAAAGACGUGAUCGAGAAACAUUUCUCUCGAUUCGGGAAAGUCUGUAAAAUCUUCUGCAGACCCAAUAAGAACCUGGCAAUUGUUCACUUUGAUGACCAUGCUUCAGCUGCAAAAGCAAAGAGGAGAGGGAAAGUCCUGCAUCGACACGAGCUGCUCCUCCUGUGGCAAAAGAAGAAGCAAAGUCCAGGAGACAAAGGCAGCAGACCGACACCAGAGAAGGUAGAACCAGCAGGAGAAACUCCCAAAGUGGAAGAACCCAAGGCCGGUUCUUCUCCUCUGAGAUUGCCGGCACUGAUGGCUCAAUCCUUCGGCAGCCAUCUCACCUUCAGCUCUCCGGUGAGGAGACCGUCUCCAGCCAAGUUUCUGCAGUUCGACUCGGAGCCCCAAAGAGAGAACGUCACAGAGACCCAGGGCUCAGACCGCCUCGUCCCGUCCUCCCUCAUCCACCUGGUCGGCCAGAUCGCAGAGACUACUGAGGACAAGUACCGCCUCCUGGAGCAGAGGGACAAAGUCCUGCGUCAAGCACGACCAAAGAGGACAGACCUGGACCUAUCCAAGGGCUUCGUUGGGACGUGUCCCGACAUGUGUCCAGAGAAGGAGAGGUACAUGAGAGAAACUCGGAACCAGCUCAGCGUGUUCGAGGUCAUCCCAAACACGGAGAUGGUGGAUCACGCAGCGGCCAUAAAGGAGUACAGCCGUUCCUCCGCCGACCAGGAGGAGCCUCUCCCUCAUGAGCUGCGGCCCCUCCCGGUGCUCAGCAUGACCAUGGACUACCUGGUGACCCAGAUCAUGGAUCAGGGUCAAGACAACCAGAGGGACUGGUACGACUUUGUGUGGAACAGAACCCGAGGCAUUCGCAAGGACAUCACCCAACAGCGCCUCUGCUGCCCCCACACCGUGUCGCUGAUCGAGAAGUGCACGCGCUUCCACGUGCACUGCGCCCACCACCUCUGCGAGGAGCGCUUGUCGUCCUUCGACGCCAAAAUCAACAACGAGAACAUGACGAAGUGCCUGCAGAGCCUGAAGGAGAUGUACGAGGACCUGGCAUCGCAGCAGACGUUCUGCCCCCGCGAGGCCGAGUUUCGCCAGUACAACGUCCUGCUGAAGCUCAACGACGGCGACAUCCUCCGGGAGGUGCAGCACUUCCGGGAUGAAGUCCGGAAAUCUCCCGAGGUCAAGUUCGCAGUUCAAGCCUUUGCAGCCGUCAACAGCAACAACUUUGUGCGCUUCUUCAAGUUGGUGAAAGGAGCUUCUUAUCUCUCCAGCUGCCUCCUGCACAGAUACUUCAACCAGGUCCGAUCAAGGGCGCUGAAGGCCCUGAACAUGGCUCACACCGUGGGCCCUCGGUCGACCCCGUUUCCAGUCGACGACAUCGUUCGAAUGUUGAUGUUUCGCAGCGCUGAAGAAGCAACUGACUUCAUCCAGCAAUACGGCCUGAAUGUUAACGAUGGGGUGGUGGAGCUGAGUCGGAUGGCCUUCCAGGAACCAGAACUCCCUCUGUCUCCCAAGAGGUCCGAGGUGAUCCUGGCCAAGAAAGCAGCAUUGAUCGGCCAGGUGGUGAACGGAGGUCCACUCCCCAACCCUCCGCAGCACGUUCCCGUCUGUAGCUUCGACUCCCAGAAUAGAUACAGAGGAGACGGCAUGUCGGCAGAGCCCAGCUUCAGCUACGCUAAAGCUGACGCAGUGGAGGUCACGUCUCCACCGCGGGCGGAGGUGCCGGCUCAGUUUGUGCCCAUCAGAGCUCCGGAUACUCCAGCCGUCGCUGCUGAGACGGGAGAAUCGUAUCAACCUGCACCUCCGGUCUUCCAGCCGAUCCUGCAGCCUGAGCCCGUCAAGCCUCCGUCACCUCCGCCCAAACCUCAGCCCGUCUACAGCGAGGAGGACAUUACGGCUGAGGUGGACGCUGUAGUGGAAGAGGUGGUUGAAGCAGAAGUCAGAGCGGUCGCUGAGGACGGUGCCAUCUACGCCAGAGCAGCUCUCAUGGAAAGCAGUGUGCAGGUGGAGGCGCUGGUGGCUGAGGUGUUGGACCAGAUGCUGAAGGAGACGUCAGCCAUGGAGAUCAAGCUAGAGCAGGAGCGGGUCGCCGAAGAGAAACGCAGACUUGAAGAGGCGAGGAGGAGGCAGGAGCGUGAAGCCUUCCUGGCUCAGUUCAGCUGCUCUCUCUGCUCAGAGAUCAUCCACGAGGUGCUCGAUGAAGCUGUGAAGGAAGCCGCCGCCUCUGAGAUCCAGCAGGCUUUGAACGAGAAAGCGGAACGUUUUGCCAGAUGCACCGAGCAGCUCUGCAGCGGUUUGAUCGAGGAGACUUUAGACUCAGACGUCGCUCUGCUGGCAGAAGACGUCCUGGAAGCCGAGCUGGAGCGGAUCCAUAAAUUCAUCAAAAGGUGGCGCGAUGUCGUCGCUGUUCGUCGUCAGCUGAAGCGACAGAUGAGAAGUUUUCCUGCGGCUCCAUGUUGUGUCGACCCCCGCUUCAAGCUGAGGGCCCUCGCUCCCAGCGCCCCCGCGCGGCCCUCCAUGGCGGAUCUAGCUCGAGGGCUGGUCAACCUGGGAAACGCCGGCUUGAUGGCCGUUUCCAGCACCAGGUUGUUAUCCAUGAGGCGGGACGCCAUCCACCAGAUGAGAGUCCAUUUCUACUAUCAGCAGCUGCUUGAGGAGACCUCCUGGAAGCCGCUCGAUCUGCCGGCGCUGGCGACAGAAAGUAUCCCAGACCCGCCUGACAGGAUCUUCUGGAAAGCUCUCUUACUCCUCCCCAGCGGUCAUGAGCGAGAGGCCAGCAUGGCAGACAGGGUGCUGUCAGACUGGCUGGAGGUGAAACUUGGUGGUGAUGCAGAAUCAGAGGAGCAGACGGACGGGACCCUGAAGACGCUCUGCGUCUCCAGCAGUCUACAGGAAGAUGGACAGAGGACUUGUAAAGUCCACGUUACAGUCAAGUCUUCCAGAGGUCCGUUGACUGAAGCCAGUCUGUCCAAAGCGGAGGAGUGCUGCGAGCUCAGCGGCACCCGGGCCAUCAUCAUGCUGCUCCCUGCCCUCCCUGUGAUGGAGCUUGGGCAGGAGGAGCAGGAUGUCCCUCUGCUCUCCGCUCUGCUUCAGCUCAAACAGCUGCAGCAGAUCAACAGCUGGAACAGCCCGCUGCCUCUGGUCGUCUUGGUGCCUUUGCACCGCGGUGCUGCUGACACUCGCAGACUGGAGGAAGCCCUGAUGCUGCACACUCUGAUGGAGGAAGAGCUGAUCUCAGAGUACAUGCUGGUCUUCAUCCCAGACUCAACCAGUGACCUGCAGGGAUCCAAGCAGCUGACCCAGGCCGUCCGCUGGCUGCUGGCCCGCUCUCCACCCCCCCUCGCUCUCUCCUGUCAAACCCUGGUGCAGCUCAUCGAGGCCAGUCUGAGUCAGGAAUUCUGGCCCAGAGUUUUUUCCAACCGCCAGAACCGGGCGGCCGCACGGCUUCCCUGGCAGGAAGCAGCGCCUGUCGUCCGGCUCUAUAACGCCGUCUUGGCUCACGUUGCCCACAGAGUCUCCUCCCAGGACCUCUGCGGCCUGUCGUGGCCCCCCGCCGAGUUCAGUCAGCCGAAGACUCGAGCUUUGGUCCCUCAUCUGGGCUGGAACUCUGCGCAGCAUCUCUCCUGGCUGCGUGGCGUUAUCCUCAGUCUGCUGCUGCCAGAGUGGGAGGAGACACCUGCUGCAGACUGCUGGUCGGAUCUCUGCUCCUCCAUCUUUGGUUAUGCUGCUAAGAUCCCAGCUUCACGUCAUAGUCAGCCACUCCUCAUGUCCCGGCUGGAGAACCUUCUGGAAAGGGUCCGACUUCAGCCUCAACACCCCCAACCUCCCCGAUCCAGCCCAGCUGAUGGAAGCACUGACCUGGAAGAGCCGGGGGUUCAGAUUCCCUGGGAGGAUGUUGUGCUGAUCUUCAUCGACCACAAACUGAAAGACUGGCAGCCGCCCGGACCUCCUGCCUGUGGAGACGCAGUGACUGAGGACGGCGAGAUCCUGGUUUACUUCCCCACAGCUUCUCUGGAGGGUUUCAGACCUCCUGAAGAGUGGACGCAGGCCGUGGAUAAAACCCACAGAGAGAAGCGGCAGCAGCAGGAGAGGGACGGAGCGACUCAGGCUUCCUGCGCGCCGCCUCCUGCUCCGUCUCCCAGACAGAGGUUGUUCCAGAGCUCGGUGGAGGCCCCCGGGGCCCCGAGGCCCCGUCUGGACGUCACUCACAGCCCCUCAGCAGAGGAGCUGCUGGCCCACAAGGUCCUGCAGAGCUUGGAGGAAGAACAGGCUGAGAGCAAGAGGAGCUUGGAGCAGCUGAGGCGCUGGCUGGACGGCGACCCGUUGGACCAUCUGUCCACUCCGCUCUUCAUGCCGUCCUCCACCCUGCUGUCCUCACCGACCACCAUGAAGGUUGCUCCUUCAGGCCGGACCCAAGACGCUGCUGCAGCCACGCAGAGGCCUGAGCUGGAUCAGCGUGUGGACGGGCCUUUCUGGUCCAAAGCGCCUCCGGUACCGCUGGCUCGGAGGCUGCAGGACCUGGAGCGUCAGAUCCUGGCGAGCAGAGAGGAGGAGCUGGCCUGCAGGCUGAAGCUGAGCGGGCUGCUGAGCAUCGUGGACGACUGAAGAGGUUCUAGAUGGACCGCUUGCUUCUGGGCUCCAUCAUGGCUUUAGUUUUUAUCAUCAGCUGAAAUAAAAUCAGCAUUUUUAGGAAUAUGGGUUAAAUGUUUUGUUUGGGUUUGUUUGUUUUUAGAGUCGUUACAGUCGGGUUUGUUUCUUUUAUUGGACUCAGAUGUUAAAUUAACGUUUUGAAGUCCUUUUAUUUUCCACUGGGCUCAGAUAUUAAAGAGAUAUUUUCAUGUUAAA